CGGUAGAAGCGCGAGUGAUUAAAUGAUUAUACUUGCUGCUGAUGAUGAUGAGCGGCGGUAGGUUUGGAAAGAAAGCAGCGAGCUUUCCUUAUAUCUUGGUCCCGAGAAAGCAACUGGUUUUGCUUCCUACUUUACUUGUUUGUUUCAUGUAUCUAGAGUGGUUCUCUGAUAGCAAGGUCGCAAGUCGAACAAUCAGUAGAAAAAUGACAACACAAGACCUCCCUCUCGUUGUCCCCAUUCUAUUUCCUCUGGUAAACACAAUCAGUAAGCUACGUCUGCGUAUAUUAUAGUCAUUGUUCAUAGUUUUGACCUGCAGACAGUCCGACUAUAAUUUUCUGCAACUCUUUAGGGUAUUAGAUGACUGGCUCUUUCCCAUUGUCACAUGUGAUAUUAACAUUUUGUGGGGCAGGGUAAUAUGGUCCAGAGACGGAAGCCAUGGACGGCACACGAGCAGCAGCAAAGUGAAAAACUUUGAGAAGUAUUUCACUGGAAUAUGUGCCUAAUAAUGCUGCAUCUGGUGCCAUCCCAGUCUUUGAGAUGUCAGCUCAAGGUAAAUUUACCGAAAUUGGUAAGAUUCAGAGAGACACUGCUGACCUUGUUCUAUAUGUCCCCAAGACUAUAUCACAACUUGAUAGUAGUUUCAUGUUCUGAUGAUCCCUGAAAAAAGAGAAGGAAAAUUGACGAGAAUUGAUCACUCAGAAAUUCUUUCAUAAUGGAUAUUUCUGUUCAUCCCCUUGUUAAUUAGCAUCAUGCCUAUUUGAACCUCACCGAUGCUGCUGUUCUUAAUGCAUAUUAUGUCUACAGGCAGUCGUAGAUGCCCUUGCUAAUUAGCAUCAUGCCUAUUUGAACCUUACCAAUGCUGCAGUUCUUAAUGCAUAUUAUGUCUACAAGCAGUCCUAGAUGCCCCCCCAACAAAAGCUUUCCUGCACGUCUACAACUUGAGUAAGUGCAUCUUAAGCUAUUCGAGUGUUAGUCUAAUUAUGAGAUGGUAACCAGUGAUCAGACAUCUUUUAGAGCUGAGAUUCUGGAGUGCAGGGCAGAAUAUAUUGAACCAAAGAAAGGAGUAGAAACCCCGCGAGCAAAACAGUUCCAGACACCCAUAAAUUCUUUGUGGAAAGGGCUUUAACUUUCCUUUUUCAGAUUUGACGCAUUGUUCUUUUUUUUAUAUCGAAACACAUUGUUCUUUUCAUGGAAUGCAAAUAAAAAGGCGUUUUUGUUACUAUCUAUUUGUUUUCUGUUUUUCAUUUCUUCCCCAUCUCCUGAAAGAAGUAUUAGAUGCUUUCAGAAGAAAGGUAUGCUUGUGUCAUGUCUGUCGUCCAACUUUCAAAAGAUAUGAUAUUGCCCCUCUCUUGUUUUUAUCAUGUUUUCUGUUUUAAUAAACUAAAUUUCAUACGUGGUUUUUAUAUUGAUUACUCCAUGCUGCAUGUGCAUUAUUGUUGAAUGAAGAAGAAUGCUUCUACAGUUUGAAAUCUACUUUUACCUUAAUGUGGCAACUGGCAAAUCCAAUGAGAGUCUCAGAAGUCAGUUUGUCAUCUGGAGAGACUGUUACCUUACCUGGUAUUUGAUUCUUUGCUUUCUGCAACUGAAGAAAAAGCAGCCCUUCAGGAGAGAGCAUAAAGAGGAAAUUUGAUUAAAUUAAUCGAAAGUAGUUGUUUGAGGUGGUGAUGCAUGCAUUGCAUGAGUAGUUAAAUAAAUCAAUGCUUAUUCCUUCCCACUAUCAGCAUGGUUCGCCUGUAUUGUAUAUAAAGGACAGCAGAUCAACGAAGGUGAUGCAUUGCGGUUUGUGAACACCUCUAGAAUCUGAAUAGAGCAGCAAGUUUCUAGAGGGUGCUUUCAAGCAGCCUCUUAUUCUCAUACUAGCUUAAUAGCAUGGGAAUUGCAGAGCAAUGGAAGACUGUUGCUCUAAUGGUGGUUAUUAACUUUGCUUUCGCAGUGGUGAAUGUGCUUUUCAAAAAGGUUCUUGAUGGAGGAACAAAUCAGAUGGUCAUCAUUAUUUAUAGACUGGCAAUUUCUGCCAUUUUCUUGGGACCAAUUGGCUACUACCGGGAAAGGAAAAGCAGAACCAAGCUCACUGGAAGCAUCUUAUGCCAACUUUUCUUUGGAGCUCUCAUCGGGGUUACCCUCUGCCAAUACUUGUUCCUUUUGGGACUUAAGUACACGUCUGCUGCCUUCUCAUGUGCAUUUCUCAACACAGUGCCUGUUAAUACAUUCUUACUGGCAAUACCAUUUGGUAUUGAGAAAGUGAACCUGGGAAGUACAGGAGGAAGAGCCAAAGUGCUUGGGGCACUCAUUUGCAUGACUGGAGCUAUACUGCUCUCCGUCUACCAGGGAGCCCCUCUAACCGAUUCACACAGCAAAUACGUUACUCCUGAUGCGGAGAAUUCAAAGAAAUGGGUUCUGGGUUCUAUACUUCUCAUUGGAGGCUGCCUAUCUUGGUCUUCUUGGUUUCUCAUACAAGCACACGUUCUGAAGAGCUACCCGUGUCAAUACUCCAGCAUCACCAUUCUCACCUUCUUUGCUUCCAUCCAAACAGCAAUCUUGAGCCUUGCCAUUGAGAGGGAUGCCUCGAUGUGGAUCCUCAAGGGGAAAUUGGAAAUCCUGACCAUCGUCUAUUCUGGAAUUGUAGGAUCAGGGCUGUGUUAUGUGGGGAUGUCAUGGUGUGUCAAACAAAAAGGUCCCGUGUUCACAGCCGCAUUCACCCCCUUCACACAGAUAUUUGCUGCCAUGUUUGACUUCUCAAUCUUGCAUGAACAGCUCUUUGUUGGAAGUGUAAUAGGAUCUGCAAUAGUAAUAAUUGGUCUCUACAUUCUGCUGUGGGGAAAGAGCAAGGAGGCAGCUGAUCAGUGUGGGGUGAAACAGAUUGAGCCUGUCAUCGAGGAAGGUGUUCAUCAUGACGACGACCCUGAAGCUCAAGUUGUGAAAACCACUAAUGCUUAGCAAAAAUUUCAUUAGAAUUUUGAGGCUCAGCAAAGACAGUUUUUUUUUUUGAAAAGCAGCUCUCCUAAACCUGUUUGUGCUGCUUCUUUUCAUCUUGCUACUUCGUUAGAUGUUCGCAAGACUUUUGAUGUAGUUCUACGAAUAACGACCACCUCAAAUUUCCAUCCCUGGUAGUUUUUUCUUCUUCUUCUUCUUUCUGUGAUUGCAAGUUCACAUCCAGCAAGUGGUUCAUCAUUGCACAAAAGUGACCAUAUUAGGGGUUUCUUCUUGUUUUGUCGAUGGGACUGAAGCUCACUCACACCAUGGACCAAACACUUACUUAUUCAUGUAACCAUUACCAACAAUGAGUUAAUCAAUAUUGUUCGAUGGUAAAUAUUGUCAUGCUACACCACUAAAAAUAAAUAAUGUGUAUUAACAUUUCCUUCUUGCUUUUAUAUUUGUCAAAUCAUACAUAAUUUUGAAACAAGAUCAAUUAUUUGAGCAAAUUUACGUAUGCAACAUCUACAUAACUUAUAAAUUAUAAAUACAUACCAUGCAAUAACCGAGAGAUGAAACUCAAUUCCAAUCUCCCUUCUGUAUCACUAGUUAUGUGAUUGAAAGCUCUAAAUAAUGAUGUGGGACCUAGACGUUGCGGCAAAACACCCAUAAAUCAUUUGACAUCGUUAUGUGACUAAAACUCGUGUUAGAAGUUUCAAAUGGUUACAUAAUGUCGAGUGAUUAGGAUUUAAUCAUUUUAAUCACUCGACCCAUACACUUUCGUAUUGAAAAUACUAAAUUCGAACCCACCAAAAAAAAAUUACAAACCUAAGAUUUGUUUAUGAUUGGACUGGGUGAGCUAUACUUUAAAGCAAAAAUCCAACCCAACACUAAGAAAACUAAUUAAAAUAUUUCAAGCAAAUAAACUAAAGUGAAAACAUCAAAGUGUUUAGAAGUUGUUGCUCUGAUUUUGAUGAAGUGCAAUUUGCUUCAACAUAUUGUCUGUAUUUUUCAUAAACAUUUACCGAAUAAGCUAAAGACGUUAUU